CUCAGAACGAUCUCGAGAAUAAAAAGGAAAGACACGAAACGAACGAUGUAUAUUCCCGGAGUCCAAAAUGUGUUUACUGCAGGUCUGGCUUUGACUGGAUCUAUGAUGAAACCGGAAACCAUCUCAUCAGGCAAGAUCCUCGAUUUCGAAGUACAGAAGUGUAUCGAUGAAGACGGGAACCAGCGCUGCAGCAAGCCGUUCCUGGUGCACAAAGCGACAUGCUACCAGAUAGAAUGGAGCUCCGAAGGCGCAUUGUCCCACACGACGGUGGAGGUUCGGGACGCGGGGUCCAAUGAGUUGGUGUUUUAUAGGGAUACGAAUGGAGAGUGGACGCCGGAGAAAGGGGAGUUGGUGUAUGUGGAUUUCAAACCGAAGGUCUGGAAGCAGGGGAAUAAGACAGUCGAGUAUACGGUGGAGACUUGCAAAUGA